AUGAACUGUAAAUCGCCACCCCCUUUGAUUGCGGAUGUGCCAGCGGACAACCCUGCACUUGCCAAAAGCAGUGCUCCUGCGAAUCCUGCAAAGGUAAUUGCGGUUGCAAGAGUGGUGAAAGCAAGUGCACCUGCGACUCUUGUAAAUGCGGAAAGUAAUGAUGUACAACCGAAAUCUGUUUAA